AUGGGCCUCAGCUGCUUCAAGUCCUGGAAGCAUGACAGUACGGGCCACAAAGGUAACAGAGACGUGCUGGCCAGUCCAGGCUCCUACUUCUUCUUAUCGAACAGCGCCGGUCAGGGUGACGAGUGGCUGAAGAGUCUCAACAAGGGAGUCUGGAUCCCCUUCACAGGAGUGUUCGGGCAGCGCCUGGAGGAGACGGUGCUGUACGAACGGCGCUAUGGGGUGCGUUUGGUUCCUCUGGUGGUCGAGCAAUGUGUGACGUUCAUCCGGGAGCGCGGCCUGCACGAAGUGGGCCUGUUUCGCCAGCCCGGCCGGGCCAGUCUGGUCAAAGAGCUGCAGGAGGCCUUUGACUCGGGGGAGAGGCCGACCUUUGACAGUAGCACAGACGUCCACACGGUGGCGUCGCUGUUGAAGCUCUACCUCAGGCUGCUGCCGGAGCCUCUGGUUCCUUAUAAACGCUACCAGGACUUCCUGCUCUGCAGCCAGAAACUGACAAACGACCGCACGGUGGCCUUGGGGGAACUGAGGAAUCUUCUUCAUGAGCUUCCAGUUGUAAACUUCAACCUGCUGGACUUCAUUUGCCAAUUUCUAAAUGAAGUCCAAAGUUACUCCACCAGUAACAAGAUGAGCGUCCAGAACCUGGCCACGGUGUUUGGGCCAAACAUCCUACGAGCCAAAGCCGAAGACCCCCAGAGCAUCAUGGGAGGUGCAACUCUGGUCCAGGUCCUGAUGCUAGAGCUCAUCAGAGAACACGAGUCCCUGUUCGCAAAAAUCCCUCCACCGGUCUACGGCCGUCCAGCUGGAGGCGUGCACGCCUCGCCGGGCGCCCUGAAGCAGCCUCACCUCCAUCCGGUACCCUGCCUCCGUCAGCUGUCUCUGCCGCUCAUAGCAGAGCGCUCCAGAGACCCGGGACCAGCUGCCGCAGAGGCGGACACCUCCAGCUGUGUCUUCUCAGCUGCUGCCAAGUCGGACCGGUCCUCUGGCCAGAAGAGACACCUGGGCCACCGCUACACCUCCUCCCACCCGGAGAACUGCUUCUACCCGCUGCCGUCCUCCAGCCAGUCGGCCCAGCACCACUCCGACAGGCACAAUGUGGAGUACCACCAGCGUCACAGCGGCCGAGGGGCUUCCCCUGCAAACGUUCAGGCCUCAACAAGCAGCCUCCAGCUGCAUGAGGCGGUGGCGGACCGGUCCCAGCCCGGACCGGCGCCCUCGGCCUGGGCCGAAGCCUGGCCCAGCUCAGGAGGGGCCGCCGCUGGUUUCUGGAGAUCCUCGGGGGCGGAGGGAGGAGGCGCAGGACCAGAGACCGCCAGUGGGGGCAGCAGUGAGGCUCAGGAAGACAGCACUCCCUCCCCCUACGAUAACCUGCACAGGCAGAGGAUGGAGGGCGUCACGGGCGGACAUCAUGAAGCCGAGUCCAAAGGGAGCUGUGAGGGAGACGGCGAGCAAGAGGCGGUGGAGGACGGCAGAGACUCCUCCUCCUCCUGGUCCUCCUGUGAGGCUGGACCUUCAGAUGAGUGCAGCGACCAUGUGGAGGAAGAUGAUGAAAACAAGACCGGCGAUCAUGACGACGGCGACGAGGGUCACGAGAACGUCCACCACCCUCCCUCCCCAGCGUCUGGAUCUGCACUCAGCAACAGCCCCCUCAGCACGGGCAGCUCCGAGGUGUUCCUGCCCUCCGGCCCUCCAGAGGCCCCGAGGCCGGACCCCCAGGCGCAGGCCCAGGACCCUCAGUCGCUCCUGGCCGAGCUCAGGCAGCAGAUGGCCCAGCAGAGGGCGCAGUACCAGGCCCGGAUAUACAGGUUGGAGCGCUGCAACGACGUCCUGGAGAGGCAGGUGGCGGUACUGCGGGUGUGUCUGGAGCAGCAGAAGCGCAGCCAGAGCGUCGCCGAGAUCAAGAUCCGCAACAUGCAGCGAGCCAAGGCCGACGCCGACCGGCGGAACAGCUCGCUGCAGAGGGACAUGGAGACGUUCUUCCAGACGCACGGGGACGGCAGGAAGAGGGGCGGCGACGAGGACGGGAAGGGCGGAGCGAGCAUCUGA